AUAUUAAGUGUAAAGUAACACAAUCAUUUUCUGUUUAUUAGACAAUUUUGGAAAUCAAUUAAUUUAAGGUUAGAGCCAUGACUGUUAAUUUAUUACAAGUGUAAAACAAAUAAUAACAAAGAUUUGCUUCUGUCUGCUCUCUGCUAACACAUUUACUAAGUAAAAAUUAUUAGAGACAUUUUUACCAAUUGUAUAGUAAUUUACACAGAAAUCAUGGUAAAAUCUAAUGAACCUAAGCCCGACACGGAUAAACAAAAGAACACUUUAGACAUUGGCUUAUUGGAAGAAGAUGAUGAAUUCGAAGAAUUUCCGGUAGAAGAAUGGACCAGCCAUGACGAAGAGGAUAAAGAAGCUAAUGUUUGGGAAGAUAAUUGGGAUGAUGAUAAUGUCGAGGAUGACUUCAGUGUUCAAUUAAGAGCCGAGUUUGAAAAACAAAAUAUUCCUGCGACGUUUUAGAGUAAAUUAUUACAUAAUGUUAUGUUCUUGUAAAGUGGAAAGUAAAAUACAUGUAUAAAAAAAAAAUAUAUAUUAAUUCUUACUCCUAAAAUUAUUUUUAAAUUUAUUUUCUACAAAAUGUAACACAUUUUAUCUUGAAUGUAUUAAGUUAUGUACAACCUCA